AUGCUUGUGGCACAUGAGCUCGUUUUUACACAUUUGUCUAUCCGCUCAGGAUACGACGCAGAGAGCGUGCAAUUGAGUGCCAUGACGUCGAUGUCACAGUCAUCAUUUUCUCAAGCGCAGUCUCAAAACUUACUCGGGUCGAGUCAGGAUGAUCAGCAAUGGCAGACUCAGCAAGCUUUACCUUCAUUUCCUCCAUCUCCAGUACGCUGCAACGGUAAUGAAAAACUACAAGAGGUUGAACGAAACCUGAACAAGGCAUUUGUUGAGCAAACGCAAGCACAGAAACAACAACAGGAACGGCUAGUGACGCAAAUCGCCAGUCCGAUAAGCAAGUCGAUGGAGGAAAUCAAGAAACAGCUUGUCACUUCUGGUGAAGGUCAGCAAAAGCAAGAGGCAGUCAUUGGAGUGCUUGCAAAAGGUAUCGACAACGUAACUGCAACAGUCUCGGAGCUCCGCGAGCAGAGCCGUAGCAACAAAGCAACUUGUCAAGAGACACGUACUGCAAUGGUCACUGAGGUGGCAGCUGUUAAUGCAGCUCUCACGCGCCUCCAAGCUAGAGUUGAUUCAGUUGAAGGCGGUGUAAAAGUAUGCUCUGGUCACGUCACGCAAGUGCUUGAAGUAAUAGGCACUACGCACGAGGCAUUGUUGUCGGCCAUAUCCGCGUCAUCUUGCAAUUGCCCUCAAGAUGCCACACAAGUCAAUGCUCUUUCAAGCGCUGAAAGAGCAACCAAAAAAAAGAAGGCACAACCUGUCCCAACCCGAUCUAACUGA